ACUCCGAUUCAAUUUUCGAACGAAUCACUCAGUCUCGAACACACCGCCGACCAGUGUGGACGUACGCAAAGUUUUGUUGGUGAUUUCUGAAUGAAAUUGUGUGUGAUUGUGAUACAAAUAUUGUGAAUCAGUGUUACAAUGUUGUGUUGAAUGGUGAAUACCCCAAGGAGGCUUUUUAUGACCCACCUAAAGCGAAUUACAUAGUGUCCAGCUGGGCAUGGUGUGGUCAUGCGGGAGGAGGAGCUGGAGGUGGCGCUGAAGGUGGUGGUGGUGGGCGACGGCGGCGUCGGCAAGUCCAGCAUGAUCCAGCGGUACUGCCGCGGCACCUUCACGCGCGACUACAAGAAGACCAUCGGCGUCGACUUCCUGGAGCGGCAGAUCGAGAUCGACGGCGAGGAGGUCCGCCUGAUGCUGUGGGACACGGCUGGCCAGGAGGAGUUCGACGCGAUCACGAAGGCGUACUACCGCGGCGCGCACGCCUGCGUCCUCGCCUUCUCCACCACCGACAGGCACUCCUUCCUGGCGCUGCAUGAUUGGAAACUCAAGGUGGAGAACGAGUGCGGGGAGAUCCCCACCAUCAUCGUCCAGAACAAGAUCGACCUCAUGGACCAGUGCGUCGUGGGGCCCGAUGAAGCAGAGCUGGUGGCGGCGGCGCUGGGUUGCCGGCUGAUGCGGGCGUCGGUGAAGGAGGACGUGAACGUGGGCGCCGUGUUCCGCGCGCUCGCCUCGCGCUGCCUCGCCGACGCCAGGCAGGAGGCCCCGAGGGCGCCGCAGCCCGUGCCGCUCAUAGGUACGUUCACGAACCACAACAGCAACGGCACGAUCCUGCUGCGGCCGACCAAGCACCGCGCGGCCGGCAAGAAGAAAAACGUCCUCAAGAACGCCUGCCGAAUACUCUAGAGUUGACUUGAAAUUGACUAGCUCUUACUUGAGACACACAGAAAUUAACUAGCUAUCAGAGAAGUUAAUUCCAUUAAUCAUAGGCCACUUCUGUGUUUUAAUAGACCACUUCUGAGGUGUCACGGAGGUUACACUACGCAGAGAAAAAAUUUUGGGACUGGCUGAAGCAAUUGUCGAUGAAACACUUUAGAUGAGUGUAUAAUCUAGAAAAGUUUUGAUUUACAAUAACUAAAAAAUUGUGUGAUGAAGAAAUAAGAAAUGA